AUGAUAAAUAAUUCACUAAGAAAAGCACUUAUCUAAUGCUUCAGUCCUUUGGGAUUAAGAGGUUCCCUAUACAGUUUCUCAUACUCAAAUAAUUAUAGAUAGCACUCCUCAAGAUCAUAGUAUACUGGAUCGUACCAUUAAAGAUCUCUGAUAUCAUUUGGGGAAUUUGCUCGACAUUGUGAAUUGUUAUCGAAAGAAGAAUAAAGUUAAAUCGUAAAAAAAUUAAAAUUGCUUCCUGAAGCUUCUUCUAAUGAUGUAAUGAACUUCAUCAAAGAAAACAAGAUACAGGGCAACAUUUUUAAUAUUGCUCAGAAUUUUGAUUUUCUUCCUCAAAAUCUUUAGGAAGCUUUAAAAGCAAAGAGCAUAACAUCUCCAUCUGCAAUUCAAUAAGCAAUCAUCCCAUUGAUCUUUGAGGGUCAUGAUGUGAUUGCAAUCGCAGAAACAGGAUCAGGUAAGACACUUGCUUAUGCUUUGCCUGGAAUAAUGCACAUGCAAGCUCAACCACAAAUCACUGGUCCAAGAAUAUUGGUUUUGGCUCCAACAAGAGAAUUGGCCUAGCAAAUUUAGACUCAAUAUGAUCUCUUUGUGAAAACCUGUUGUUUAUUUGGAGGAAUACAGAAACCUCUUCAAUAUUUUGCUAAACCGUAAACACCCAAAGUGAUUAUUGCCACUCCAGGGAGAUUACUAGAUUUUAUCAAAGAUGGCUUACCAUUGAAAUCAAUUACUUAGGUGGUUUUGGAUGAGGCUGAUAGAAUGUUGGAUAUGGGUUUUGAAGAUUAAAUACGUGAUGUUUUGAAAGAAGUCAGAAAAGAUAGACAAACAUUAUUCUUUAGUGCCACUUGGCCAAAGGAAGUGUAGAGAUUGGCAAAUAAUUUAUGCAAUGAAGAUCCAGUCUUUUUGCAAUUAGGAGAGAGAGGAUUGUCUGUGAAUAAGAAUAUCACUUAAAGUUUGAUAAUCUCUGGUGGAAAUAAGUUCGAAUAAUUAAUUGAAUACUUCAAUCAAAUCAAGGAUAAAAAGGUUUUGGUGUUUUGUUAAAAGAAAAUAGACACAUAAAAGCUUGAGUAUAAAUUAUCAUAGCAUGGAAUCAAUGCUAGAUAUUUACACGGAGAUUUAAGAUAAAAUCAGAGAGAUUUCAUCAUGUAAGAGUUUAGAGAUGGAAGUGCUAAAUGCUUAAUUACAACUAAUUUAGCUUCAAGAGGAUUAGAUGUUUCAGAUGUAGAUAUUGUGAUUAAUUAUGAUUUCCCUGAAAAUAUUGAAGAUUAUAUCCACAGAAUUGGCCGAACUGGUAGGGCUGGCAAGAAGGGAGAGGCUUUGAGCUUUAUUGAACCUAAUGAUUUGGACUCCAAACUCAAAGAUGAUCUCAUCAAAGUUUUUAAAUAAUCCUGUUAGGAGAUUCCAUCACAAUUAUAGAAACUCAAGGUGUAUUGA